CGCCAUGUCUAGCCGCUUUUCCGCUCCCAAACCGCGCCGCGUUGUUCGCGACUUUUCAGCUGGGAAAGACCUCCUGGAAUCCCUGCGAGUGCUCAACGAUGCACUCGAGGAUGACGUCGCCAAGCUUAGUGUCGCCAAGGCUUUUGACAACCUGUCCAAGAAAAAUGCUGAGGACAGCAAGUUGUUUAGGUCCAUGAUGUUGGAACUCCGUCAGAUUGCUCAAGAAGGCCUGGAAGAGUCCCGCGAUGCCUCACAGAUAGACUACCCAAGCAAGAACAAGAACAAACAAAAAGGCAACUCAAUCAAGCCUCCCCCAGUUUCCAAGAAGAGCGCGCUCACGGCGUUGUUCAUGAAGAUUGAAGACGAGGCUCAGCAGGCUGUUCACAACGCUGAAUAUGAGAUCUCAGUGGCUUGCACAGAGCAGGUAACACUUGAUGGCGUCAAGUCGGCAGCUGAAUUCAUGCAACGUUUCAAGGAGAACGAGAUCAACAUCCAGCAAUUGGAGACUCAAAAGCGCAUUCAGAUUCUCAAUUCCGGACAUUUCCUCCAGCAAGGAAUGAAGGCAUUCCCGCCCCCCGACACCUUCCUCUGGGGCGUUUCACGAGAGCUGCAGCUGUCGAUCAGCACCCUCAGGAAGAGAAUGCAGUAUUGCCAUUUGCUUACUCAAAUGCCAAUCCUCUUGCUCUGCCCAUCAGCCAACUAUGCCUUCGUGACGUCACACGUGAAGGCAAUCCAAAAUUACGUCAAGGAUACCCCCGGCACUGCUUUGCUAGGAUGCCGCCCGUCUUUUACCAAACGGGGCAUCGCGUCGGAGACCGAAUUUGACGCUGCUUUACCAGCUCCUCGUGUGGAACUGAAACCAAUCGAGGGGGGUAGAGAAGGCUCUCUCGAUGAACCCACGGCGCAGCUUCAAGAGCAGGAUGAAGAGUAUCGUCAUGCAAGUCUUGGCGCGGCAGUUGACGCGCUUCAGACAGUCUCACUCGAGCAACUUACUUUUCUUUCGUACAAGGUGACUCCAGUGAAACUGCCUGAUGUGCCUGGUGCAGCUGAUCGUUUGAGUCGGAUGGACAUUGGGUCUGAUGUCGAACCCCAAACCUCCCAGAAGGAAUACUACUAUCCAUCCUUUACACUCAAGAGAGAUGUGAAAGAAUACUACUAUCCACCCUUUACACUCAAGAGAGAUGUGAAAGAAUACUACUAUCCAUCCUUUACACUCAAGAGAGAUUAA